AUGGAGCGUGUGCGGGGAGCUGGGGCCGUGCUGGCGGUGCUGGUGGUGCUGGGAGCCCCCCCGGCUGCGGGCGAGGAGCUGUCGGGGGUGUUUGUGUUAUCGUCUCCGGGUGAGUGUCACUUCAUCAACAGCACCGAGCGGGUGAGGUACGUGGAGAGGUACAUCUACAACCGGGAGCAGUUCAUGCACUUUGACAGCGAUGUGGGGGCGUUUGUGGGGGACACCCUGUUUGGGGAGAUCAAUGCCAGGCGCUUGAACAGCGACCCGGAAUUGCUGGACCUCAGACGGUCUGCAGUGGACACACACUGCCGCCACAACUACGAGGUGUUCAUCCCGUUAACUGUGAACCGCAGAGUGCCCCCCAGCGUGUCCAUCUCGCUGGUACCGUCGAGCUCCCAGCCCGGCCCCGGCCGCCUGCUCUGCUCUGUGAUGGAUUUCUACCCUGCGCCGGUGCAGGUGAGGUGGUUCCAGGAUGGGCAGGAGCUGCCGGAGCACGUGGUGGCCACCGACGUGAUCCCCAACGGGGACUGGAGCUGCCAGGUGCUGGUGCUGCUGGAAAUCCCCCCCCGGCGCGGGGUCACCUACAGCUGCCAGGUGGAGCACGUCAGCCUGGAGCACCCCCUCAGCCGGCACUGGGAGAUGCCACCGGACACCGUCCGCAGCAAGAUCCUGGUGGGGGUCGGGGGCUUCGUCUUGGGCUUGGUCUUCCUGGUGCUGGGGCUCGGCUUCUACCUGCGGGAGAAGAGCUCCUGAGCUGCCGGCGGCCGCAGCCCCUCCCCGUGGCCUCGGGCCCAGCCGGGACCCCCCAAACCCUGCACUCAUUUGGGGGGAUCGCCUGUCCCCCCCUUCCCUGCAUUUAUUCCCAUUCCAGCCAGCUGUUCCCAGUGUUCCCAGUAAAGCUCCUUAGUGCUCUACAGUCCUGGUUGUUGGAUGCAGUGAUGGGGGCGCUCCAAAAAUCCUGCUAACAGGGGGGUUUUGGUACUCUCAGACCCUCAAAUUCCUCCCAAAGCUCGGGGCCGACCAAAAAUGCCCAGCCAGGACUCCCAAAGCUCAGGGCAACCCAAAACCAGCCACCCAGGGCUCCCACAGAUCAGGGGAACCUCAAACAGAGGAUAAAGUUGUCCCAGAGCUCAGAGUUGCCUCAAACAAGAGGGAGAUGGGGGGCUGAGGAUGCCCAAUCCCCCUUUUCCCGGCAUUUUUGGUUGUACUGGGUCUUAGUUCAACAAGAUUACAACUUAGAAAUUAAGAGACUUCAGGUGGAAGUGUG